AUGGCAGCUUCAGCUCCCACCACGAGCCCCGGGCACGACAUUAGCCCCAAGACUGCCGUCCCAGUCAACGCGAGCGGAGACUAUUUCCGGAAAGAGACCGGCGGCUCAACGGCAAGCCAUAGGGCCGACGACAGCGUCGAUUCGUCAGAGUUCAAGUCUUCCUACACAUCCACCUUGUCUGAUACCACGCCCGCCCCAUCGAUGUCGCAGGAGAGCCAAGGUGGACAGAAGGUCACCGGCCUCAGUAGGCACUCGUCUGUGUCUUCUGUCACUAUUCAGCUCCCUAGAAACCCGAAUCUACCGCAAGGCUGCGAGAAGCGCAUGAACAGAGGUCGUCUCCGCAAUGCUUCGCCCAAACCAGAAAGGUUCCAGAACCGAGUCGCAUUCGAUAACAUUCCCCUCGGCGAAGCUACCAAGAACAAUACUCCGAGCCUGACGCUCAACGACAGGCACAAGGGCUACCGCGCUGGGCGCAGGUCGCGCACGUUCAUGGUGGGCGUCGAUGAGCAUGCAUAUUCGGACUAUGCGCUCCAGUGGCUGCUCGACGAACUUGUGGACGACGGCGAUGAAGUUGUCUGUGUGCGCGUCAUGGAGAAGGAUAUUCGAACGCAAGAUAAGAGCUACCAAGAAGAGGCCAGGUCAAUCAUGGACAGCAUCCGAGCCAAGAAUACCGCGGGCAAGGCCCUGAGUUUCAUUCUGGAGUAUGCCGUGGGCAAGUUGCACGGCACAUUCCAGAAGCUUAUCCACAUGCACGAACCUGCCAUGCUUGUGGUCGGGACCAGAGGCCGAUCCCUUGGCGGUCUGCAAGGGCUUGUCAACACGCGCAAUUCUUUCUCCAAGUACUGUCUACAAUACUCCCCAGUACCUGUUGUGGUCGUUCGCCCGACGGAGAAACGCAUCAAGAAGAAGGAGAAACGAGCUGCAGAUGCCUCGCGUCAGACGUACGCGGGGAUGCUGUCGGCUACCGACGGCAAGCAUGAGGCUGACAGUGAAGCAAGUCGCCAGUAUGACCUCGAGGUCAAGAUCUCGCCAGACGAAGAAGCGCAUCAAGUCGCCAAAGUCCUGGGCUUACCCGCAUCAUUCGAUCCUACUAUCAGACCAUUGGCAUCUACAACCUACAAUCGAAUCACGCCUUCGCCUACUGCUCCGACGCUCCAGGUCAUGGCGGAAGUGCCACAGACAGAGGCCAGUGUUUCCACAGGGCCUCUCAGUGCUGGCAGCGAAAGUAGUGACUCGGAGGAUGACGACGCCGAGGGCGAGUUUGAAGUCAUGACGGGCGACCAGGCCUUGGAUCAAGCAAAGAAGAGGGAGCUGCAUAAGAUGGAAGUCGGCGAAGCCAUGGCGUUGCGAGACCACAAGUUGGGUUCUGAUUCCGAUUCGGAUGACGAAGGCGACAGCAAGAACGCAUCUUAG